UAUAUUAAUCUUUGAAAUUUGCGAAUUAAAAUACGUCAUGAAUUUCAUUAGUGCUUUGCUCGAGGUUCGCUGUGAAUGUCGCACGUCUACAUAUUAUAUAGGCAGGCGACAAGUUAUAUACUCUCUCCGAGUGAAACUUGAAUCAGUCUGUAAAAUAACAGGGAAGCGCGAUGAAGCAUUUGCAGCGUUUAGCUUUUUUCAUUUUGGUCGUCGGAAUAGCGUCGGCAGAUGUUAUAUCCGAAUUUAAAGCGGCUAAAAUUGAACCAGAUAUCAUUUCCAUUUCUCCGAAUGAAACAAUUGAGAUUAAAUAUGGCAACAAGGAAAUAAAGUUAGGAACCGAAAUCACACCGACUGAAGCCCAAAAUAUACCAGAAGUACAUUAUAAACACGAUGGAGGCAUUUUAUAUACACUCUUCAUGACAGAUCCAGACGUACCGGUUCGCGGCUAUGCUCGUGAAUGGCAACAUUGGGUAGUCGGAAACAUUCCUGAAGAUAAAGUACACAAAGGAGAGGUUUUGACUGAAUAUGUUGGACCCGCACCACCAAAAAAUAGCGGCGCCCACAGAUACGUUUUUCUUUUGUACAGACAAAAUCAAGGAUCAAUUACUUUCGAUGAAAGACGCAUAGGAAAUAGGGACAAAAAAAGGAAUCGGUUCUCCGUGGCCAAGUUCGUCGAAAAGUACAAUUUGGAAGGUCCAUUAGCUGGAAACUUCAUGAAAGCUCAGUAUGACGAUACCGUUCCGGUAAUUCGUCGACAAUUGGGAAUUUAUAAUUGAAAAAAAUUCGAGACCGAAAAUUAAAUUACGUUUGUCUGCUGUGUAAUCCUUGGUUUACAAUUUCAGUGAUAAAUCAAUACUGCUUUUAUCUAUCAAUAAUAACUCUUGCAAUUUUUGCGCCAUUAAUCAUAAGUAUGAUUG